AGAAGCCAAGUCUCCAAAGCCACAGGCAGGUGCAGGGGCAGUCUCCGUGCGAGCCCCAGGAGAGGAGCCGUUAGCGCGCUCAGUCCUUUGACUUCCACCCGUAGUUCCCGGCGACAGACGUCCGUCAGUUUUCGAAGGGCAGUUGGUUCUCAGAUCCAGCGGCAGCGAUCCCUGGUCUCCCAGUCCCCGGAGGUGCCCGGCCGAGCCGGUUCAAGUCCAGCAGCCAUGUCCAUGGGCCUGGAGAUCACCGGCACAGCGCUGUCCGUGCUGGGCUGUCUGUGCACCAUCGUGUGCUGCGCUCUUCCCAUGUGGCGCGUUUCGGCCUUCAUCGGCAGCAGCAUCAUCACGGCGCAGAUCACCUGGGAGGGCCUGUGGAUGAACUGCGUGGUGCAGAGCACCGGCCAGAUGCAGUGCAAGAUGUACGACUCGCUGCUAGCCCUGCCUCAGGACCUGCAAGCCGCCCGAGCUCUCAUCGUGGUGUCCAUUCUGCUGGCCGCCUUCGGGCUCCUCGUGGCGCUCGUGGGCGCCCAGUGUACCAACUGCGUACAAGACGAGACGGCCAAGGCCAAGAUCACCAUCGUGGCGGGAGUGCUUUUCCUGUUGGCGGCUCUGCUCACCUUAGUGCCGGUGUCCUGGUCGGCCAACACCAUCAUCAGGGAUUUCUAUAAUCCGCUGGUGCCCGAGGCCCAGAAGCGGGAGAUGGGAGCUGGGUUGUACGUGGGCUGGGCUGCCGCUGCGCUGCAACUGCUAGGGGGCGCCUUGCUGUGUUGCUCCUGUCCACCACGCGAGAAGUACGCACCCACCAAGAUCCUCUAUUCUGCGCCGCGAUCCACCGGCCCUGGCACCGGUACCGGCACCGCCUACGACCGCAAGGACUACGUCUGAGGGGCCGGGUGCACGCAGACCGCACCAACACCACUACCAAUAGUUCAUGUACCCCACCCGUCCAGCGUGCACCCUCGCGUCAGAGACCACCCCCCACCUUCCAGAUGGUGACAGACGCCACGCAGUUUGCUUGCUAGGCUGGAAGAGGACAGACAGGCUGGCGUCCCCCUACCCCCUCUUCUCUGGCUGCCACCUGACUACCGGGCCUAGGAACUGUCCAAGACGAAUGGACAAAGAAACCUCGCCCUUCCCAAGUCCAGGGCUGGGGUGGUCACCGCAGCUACUUGCCAGCCCCGCAGCCGGAAGACUCACAGUGGGCAGAGACAGGCAAACCAUAAAAUGGGCCGUUUCAUAUUUUUCAAUAAAAGCCUUUCGUUUUUU